GCCGGAGCGCAGGGCUGAGCCAGCGUCCGGGAAAGGCGGCGGCGGCUUCGGCGCGCGGCCCCGCUCCCUGCCACCCCCCCAGACCGGCCACCUCUUUUGCCAUGGCUCUGGCGGACAGCACACGUGGAUUACCCAACGGGGGCGGCGGCGGGGGUGGCAGCGGCUCGUCGUCCUCCUCGGCGGAGCCGCCGCUCUUCCCCGAUAUCGUGGAGCUGAACGUGGGGGGCCAGGUGUAUGUGACCCGGCGCUGCACGGUGGUGUCGGUGCCCGACUCGCUGCUCUGGCGCAUGUUCACGCAGCAGCAGCCGCAGGAGCUGGCCCGGGACAGCAAAGGCCGAUUCUUUCUGGACCGAGACGGCUUCCUCUUCCGCUACAUCCUGGAUUACCUGCGGGACUUGCAGCUUGUGCUGCCCGACUAUUUCCCCGAGCGUAGCCGGCUGCAGCGCGAGGCCGAGUACUUUGAGCUGCCCGAGCUCGUGCGCCGCCUCGGGGCGCCCCAGCAGCCCGGCCCCGGGCCGCCGCCGCCGCACUCGCGGCGCGGGGUGCAGAAGGAGGGCUCGCUGGGCGACGAGCUGCUGCCGCUCGGCUACGCGGAGCCCGAGCAGCAAGAGGGCUCGUCGGCCGGGGCGCCGUCGCCCACGCUGGAGCCGGCUAGCCGCAGCCCGUCAGGGGGUGCGGCGGGCCCGCUGCUCACGCCGUCCCAGUCGUUGGACGGCAGCCGGCGCUCGGGCUACAUCACCAUCGGCUACCGCGGCUCCUACACUAUCGGGCGGGACGCGCAGGCGGACGCCAAGUUCCGGCGAGUGGCACGCAUCACCGUGUGCGGCAAGACGUCGCUGGCCAAGGAGGUGUUCGGCGACACCCUGAAUGAGAGCCGGGAUCCGGACCGGCCUCCCGAGCGCUACACUUCGCGCUAUUACCUCAAGUUCAACUUCCUGGAGCAGGCCUUCGACAAGCUGUCCGAGUCGGGCUUCCACAUGGUGGCGUGCAGUUCCACGGGCACCUGCGCCUUCGCCAGCAGCACCGACCAGAGCGAGGACAAGAUCUGGACCAGCUACACGGAGUACGUCUUCUGCAGGGAGUGAGCUCCCCAGACCCCCUCGCGGCUCCAGCUCUCCCAUCCCCCCUCCUUCCUGCCAAGGAGAGGAUUAUAGAUCUCCCCUCCUAUCCCACGCCUUUCCAUUCCCCUGCCUCCCACCUUUAGUAGCUGGGCCAGGCCCACUCACCCCCC